AAGUAAAACCUUUCCAAUCUUUUUGAAUAGGAUGAUUGAUGCUCAGACUCGACCAAGACGUGAAUACACACCUAAACCCAAACCUAUCUUUGACUUCGGAGACGACAACCCUUCAAAUGGCGGCUACUCAACCUCAAUGGCUCCUCCUCCUUCACGCAACUCAGCCCCGGAGCAGCCGAGCUGUAAGGCGCUGUACGACUUUGAGCCAGAGAACGAGGGAGAGCUGGGCUUUCGCGAGGGCGACAUCAUCACCCUGACCAAUCAGAUUGACGAGAACUGGUACGAGGGCAUGCUAAACAGCCAGUCGGGAUUCUUCCCUCUCAACUAUGUUGAGGUUCUCGUCCCAUUGCCACACUAAUAUAAAGAGAGCAGGAGAGCCAAGGAGGAGACUGACGGAGAGGAGGAGGAGAGAACAAGUAGAAUUAGUAGAGAGGGAGGAAAGCGAAGCCAAGGGAUGAAUGUUCAUUUUCACCUUCAGCUCCAACGUCAACAUCACAGACGAGCACUUUUUGUCAUCUGGAGUUCUGGAGGAGAUGGUCACAUUUCAAAGUCCAGACCAGAAUGUCAACCUGUUCCACCAAAAGGUAAUCAGAUGUUAAAUGGACACAACAUGUCAUCGUCCGUCAUCUGGCAGUCAGAAACAUUUCCUGAGGACUAACAGAUGACACGUUUUAUAAGCAAUAUUUGUCUUUAACCACAAAUUACUGAUAUCAUUAAGAUAACUUGUAUUAAAUCUGGUGAUUAUGAUGGGGUGACACAUAGCAUUUCAUCCUUUUUGUGUGACUGCAGUCUGUUUAAAACUCAGGUUGGUCACCAAACUAACAGUCCGUUUUCAGACUGAAGAGCCCAACUCAAACCUCACAGUACACGUCAUGUGGAACUUGACUGAAUAUUUUCCUUAUUUUUAAAACUUUGUUUUGGACUGGAGCUUAUGUCUUGAUGCCACCUGCUGGCGAGACUGAGGAUUGCUUUUACUAAAAAA